AUGUCUGAUGAAGACGGCCAGAAUGAGGCCACAGGCUUGGAAGAGCAAGGCUAUAAAAGCGAGCUGUCUUUCAAAGCGCUCAGCGCUACUCGGCGUGGUCCCAGACGGGAAUCCUCACAGAGGGAUAUCCCAGGACUCCAAGCAAAGGACAGACUGUCUGCUGUCCGGGUGCAGUUCAUUAAUGGAGUCUCUGAUUCUGUGCUGAACCAGCUGCUGGAUAAACUCCUUCAGCACGGUGCUAUGAUUAAUGAGGAGAUGCAGACCGCAAAGACGAAGUCCAGAGCAGAGAAAGCUCCAGAUGUGAUUGAUACUGUGAUGAGGAAGGGACAUGAAAAAGCAGCAAAACUCUGA